CGAUAAACUGCCAAAUUGCCUAUAACAUUCAUAAUAUAUAAGGACAAACUAUGAGUGGGACGAUUGUUAGAGCCCACAAUUGGGACUUUGGAUGGGAACAAAGGUUUUUGGCCGUCGACCCACUAGGUGAAAAAGUUAUGCUCUAUCAAACCAAUCAUCAAGAUCCAGGAAUUGGUUAUAACGAAAUGACAAAAAUCAGUAGCAGGGGAGGGUUUGAUAACAUUCAAUGCUCAGCUUAUUCUUACAAUAGUCCGGGUUUAUGUGGGGUUGGUACAAUCAAUGGUACCGUUCAUUUAUUUGAUAUGUUAACAACCAAUUCGACAAUUUUAAAACUAAGACCGAAACAGAAUCGUCCUUGUAAUUCAAUAAGUUUCAAUAACAGUGGUUGGAUAUCGGUCUGUUUUGAUAAGGGAAGACAAGAUAACAGUUUACAAUUAUGGAACAUUGAACAUUAUUCUAGAACUAGUGAUAAUGAUCAUAUCAAGAGGCCCACAUAUUCUUACUUACCUAACGAAGCAGUAUUAUCUACAUCAUUUAUUCCUAAUAGCGACAACGAUUUAUUGGCCGGUAGUUAUAAAUUAUUAAGGCAAUUUGAUGUGAGACAAGAAUCACCGGCAUUUCAAAUUGCUACAAAGUGUACUUUAGGUAUCACAUUUGACCCUUUUCAACCAGAUAUCUAUUUUUCAACUUAUAGUGAAGACGGAUCAGUGGCUAUAUGGGAUAGGAGAAGGUUGACCAAUAAUAAUAAGAAGAAUUUCAAUAUGAAUAACAACGUUUUAACGGAAUCACCAGUUUUACAGUUCAAUAAAUUAUUAAAUGAUUCUUCAAGAAAGAACCAUAAUCCAUGCUUUAGAUAUUCAAGUAUUAGGAAGGGUGAGUUCUCAUCUGUUUUCAAUGGUGACUUGAUAAGAAGAUGGCAUACUGGUACAGUGCCUUCGAUGGAGUCUCGACAUCAAGGAAUGAGUCGAGAUGUAUCGAAUUAUACAAAAGAUUCUUCACAAAGUUCUUUAUCCGAUAACAAUCCUAAUAUUUUGUCCAGUUUGAAAAAUCAAUCGUCACAAUUAUAUAAACCAAACGAAGACUCAUUAUUUGUUUCAUUAGUGCUUGACGUUAAAACUGAUUAUUAUAAUAAGGUGAUAACCUUUGACUAUUCACCUGAUAUUAAUAGCUCGACUUCCACCAAUUUUGUAUGCAUGAGACAGAGUGGGUCAGUAUUUAGAAUGAAAGCUAUUGAAUGCAUAGAGUCAUUAGAUUUUAAUUCAUAUAACGAAUUUUCCAUGUCGGGGCCAGAAGCUAAUCUGACGCAUUUUUUAAAUGAUCAAAUAUUGAAUGAUAUAUCUAAAUUUGAUAAAAACGAAGAAAACCUUAAACAAAAUAAUAAAGACGAUGGUCAACCUUUCGAUGAUUAUGACGAUUUCAGACGUGCUAGUGAAGCAGAAUAUUCUGAAGAUAUUAAUUCAACAGUUGGUGAGGAGGAAAGUUUAGCUGGGAAAUAUAACAAUGAAGAUAAAUCAGUAAACCAACAAAGCCAGUUGAAUAAACAACAAGAUUUCUAUGAUGAUUUGGUAUCAUUGAAAGAUGUUUUUGACGUAUCCAAAAUUACUUCAGCUGAUAUUUGUUAUGUGAUUAGAAAAAGAGCAUUAUCGGGAUAUGGAAUUGAUUGUGAAGGAAAUAUUCAAGUAUUGGAGAAAUUAGGUAAUCUUCAUAAUAAAUUAUUUUUGAGAAAUACUUGGAAAUGGGUUGCAUUAGCACAAAAAUCUUUGAAAAAGGGAACAAUGAUAUCCCAAGGGUUGGAUUUAGGAUUUCAAGGAGUGUUGGGGAUUUGGAAAGGAGUGGAAGAAAUUGCUGGUGAAAAAAGAUAUAAUGGAGAUGUCAGCGCUCAAUUAUAUUUCAAAGCAGUGAAGGAUAUAGUAUCAAGAAAAGGGAAAAAAACAGCCAGUAUAAAUAUUCCGAGUAAUAGCGAGUUCAAAGCUCAAAGAAAGUUAUGUUUAAUAGUAAGUGGGUGGUAUUUCACCGAUGAUGAAUUUGAAGAACGCUUAAAUUUAUUAAUCUCGUUAGGAUUUAUUGAAAAAGCAGCUGGAUGGGCCGUUUUUCACGGAGACGUUGAUCGUGCCAUCAAGAUCUUAGCAUCUUCCAAAAAGGAAAAACUCAAUUUAAUAUCAACCGCCGUAGCUGGAUAUAUGGCAUAUAAGAAUUCCAACGUGAAUAGUCCUUGGAAAGACCAAUGUCGUAAAAUGGCAUCAGAUUUAAGUGAUCCAUAUUUACGGGCCAUAUUUGCAUUUAUCGCCGAUAACGAUUGGUGGGAUGUAUUAGAUGAACACUCUUUACCAUUAAGAGAAAGACUAGGAAUCGCCAUUCGAUUUUUAUCAGAUAAAGAUUUAUCGGUAUACCUUAAUCGCGUAGCAGAUACCGUGGUGGUGAAGGGAGAAUUGGAAGGACUUAUCUUAACCGGGAUCACCCUGAGAGGAAUCGAUCUACUCCAGUCGUAUGUUGAUAGGACCAGCGAUGUUCAAACCGCUUCACUUAUCACUGCCUAUGCAGUUCCAAGAUAUUUCCAAGAUACAAGAGUAAAGCAUUGGGUUGACUGCUAUAGAAACCUAUUGAACAGUUGGGGGCUUUUCAGUAUAAGAGCCAAGUUCGAUGUUUCAAGAACAAAACUAUCCAAAACCAGUCAGGGUAAAUUAACUAUCCAACCCCAACCAAAACAAGUUUAUCUUCAAUGUAUUCGUUGCAACAAAAACAUCUCUGAUACAAACAAGGACUCGGACAUCCAAUCCCCAAAUCAAAUGAUAUCGGCCGAAAAUAACGAUAAUCCUUCAAUCCUCAUUAAACAAUUCAAUAAGUUUCAUAUGAAAUCUUCUGGUUACAACCAAGAUUUAAAGGCCUGUACUCACUGCGGGGCCCCUUUGCCCAGAUGCUCCAUCUGUCUUCUUACCCUCGGAACCUCUAUUCCAACAGAGUCCUCCCAGUCCAACCCUCAGGGUAACCAAGUCUUGGAAGACAUUCGAAAUAAAAUUGAUCGUGAAUCAAAACUUAUACAAGGUUUUCAAAGUGUUAAAAGAAGUACCAAUAAUGCUGAUGUUAUCCAAAAAUGUAAUAACAACAUAAGAGAAACUCAAUCGAAUAUCGAUUAUCUUAUGGAGACUUUGAAUAAAUUAUCUCUUCAAAAUCAACCUCAAAAUAAUUCAAAACUUGCAUCUCCCGAAAAGCCAAGAGUUGUUUCUGUAAAUGGGACCGUUAGACCAAUAUAUUCAAGAUUUGAUUUGAUCAAAUAUGAUUGUCCUUCUUUGGGUCAUAAAAUUCAAUAUAUGCUACAACAACUUCAAUUUAAACUACAAGUUGAAAAUCAAUAUCGUGAAGCAAAUGAAAAAAUCUCUCACCUUUAUCUUAUGGAUGGUGAUAGAUCAAGUUCAAAUGCCGCAGAGGGUGGUAGAGUUGAAAGUGAUCAAAGAAUUCAAUUAUUAAAUAAAUCUUUGAAACGUUAUCAGGAUAUGCAUAUUGAUGUUGAAGAUGUUACUAGAGAUAUGGAAAUUAUGAAUACUCCCAAAUAUGCUAGAAAAGCUUUAACUGGUAAGUUAAACAUUUCAAUCACUUGUAUCAGAGAUAUUGAUCAUAUUGCUUCUCCAAUGUUAUCUAAAAGACCAGAAUCAUUAGUUUCAAUUAAGGUUGACGAUGUUGAACAAGCAAGAACCAGAGGUUCCCGUGAUGGUAAAUGGUCAGAAGAAUUCACUAUUGAUGUUGAUAAAGCUAAUGAAAUUGAAUUUUCUGUUUAUGAUAGAUCUGGUACUGCUCUAGUACCAGUGGCUGUUACUUGGGCUUUACUUUCAGAUAUUGCAGAAGAAAUUCGUAAGAAAAAAGUAGCUAAUCACGACCUUGGUAAAGAAGAUUGGGUUUCUGCUUCAAAUUUAGCUGGUACGGUUAAUAAAUCAACUAAUGAAAAUAUAAGUUAUGGUCAAUCUCCAUCUAGAAAUAAUCAACAAAAUAAUCCAUUUAAUAAUUCAAAUUCUAUUCAAUCCCAUGAUGGAUUAGGAUCAGUCCCUACUACAUUGGAAAAUGCUUCCAAAAAUAUUGAAAUUACUAGUUGGAUAAGUUUAGAACCAGUUGGUCAAAUGUUAGUAACUUUAAGUUUCGACAAAACAAAUCAAUCUGGUAAUAAACAAUUCAUGGGUGCUUUAGGUCGUCAUGGUGCUAUCCGUCAAAAGAAAGAAGAAGUUUUCGAGCAACACGGUCACCAGUUUGUUCAAAAACAAUUUUAUAAUAUUAUGUGUUGUGCUCUUUGUGGUGAAUUUUUACGUUACACUGGUUUUCAAUGUCAAGAUUGUAAAUUUUUGUGUCAUAAAAAAUGUUAUCAAAAAGUUGUUACUAAAUGUAUUUCAAAAUCAAGUACUGAACUUGAUCCCGAUGAAGCUAAAUUAAAUCAUCGUAUUCCUCAUAGAUUUGAUCCAAUCUUUAAUCGUGGUACUAAAUGGUGUUGUCAUUGUGGUUAUAUAUUACCUUGGGGACGUAAAAAUGUUAGAAAAUGUACCGAAUGUGGAGUCAUGUGUCACGCCCAUUGUACUCAUUUGGUUCCAGAUUUUUGCGGUAUGUCAAUGGAAAUGGCUAAUAAAAUUCUUACCACAAUUAAAUCAACUAAAGUUCCAACCAAAGCCCCAUCUGCCAAGAUUCGUCAAUCACCUCAAAAAAUUAUUCCUUCUCCAAAAGGUACUGCUUCUUUCAAAGAUAAUGAAUCAACCUCGGAUUCUAAAUCUUUAAAUAAUAUUUCAGAUGACGAAAAUGAAAAAGAUUUCCAUACUGUAUUACCAACUGCUACUACCAACCAACAACAACAACAAAUUGAUUCACCAUACGCCAAAACUAACAGACGUCCUCCACCUCCAGAUAAUAGAAGAUCUGAAAACCUCUCCGAACUUCCAACACCAUAUCAAUAUCAACAACAAUAUCAACAUAAUCCACAAGAUCUUACUCCUCAACAAGAGUACUAUCUUCAACAACAAAGACAACAGCAACAGCAACAUCAACAACAACAACAAUAUUAUCAACAACAACAAGCCUACCAACAGCAACAUCAACAACUACAACAACAACAACAGCAACAACAGCAGCAAGAACAAGAAGCUUAUCGAAAACAAGCUGCCCAAUAUGAAGCUGAUCAACAUCAACAACAAUAUGCUGAACAUGACUAUACAUUUUCCUCUCAUAAAUCAGAUACUUUACAUAAUGAUACCACAACCGAUGAUAAAUCUGGAAAUGAUUUCACUGAUUUCGAUUAUGGUAAUAAUAAUACUCAACAUAUCAUUCCACUGGAUGUUAUUGAAAAUCCAGACACUCAAAAACCUGAACCUAUUGAUGUUGAUCAACCAGACUCACACUUACAACAAUCUGUACAACCACAACUGAAACCCCAUCAACGUUCACCUCAUAAACAAAAACGUCGUCGCAGAAAGGUUGGUUUGGAUGAUUUCCAAUUUCUUGCAGUUUUGGGUAAAGGUAAUUUUGGUAAAGUAAUGUUGGCAGAAUCAAGACACACGUCUAAUUUAUGUGCCAUUAAAGUUUUAAAGAAAGAUUUUAUUGUUGAAAAUGAUGAAGCUGAUAGUGUGAAAUCCGAAAAGAGAGUUUUCCUUACUGCUAAUAGGGAAAUGCAUCCAUUCUUAUUAAAUUUACAUUGCUGUUUCCAAACUGAGAAUAGAAUUUAUUUUGUAAUGGAAUAUAUAUCUGGUGGUGAUUUGAUGUGGCAUAUUCAGAAAUCAAGAUUUUCAGCUAAAAGAGCUAAAUUUUAUGCUUGUGAAGUUUUAUUAGCUUUAAAAUAUUUCCAUGAUAAUGGAAUUGUUUAUCGUGAUUUGAAAUUAGAUAAUAUUCUUUUAACUACUAAAGGUCAUAUUAAAAUUGCUGAUUAUGGUUUAUGUAAAGAAAACAUGCAUUAUCAAAAAACUACUGGCACUUUUUGUGGUACACCUGAAUUUAUGGCUCCAGAAAUUAUUGCUGGUAAACAAUAUGAUAGAAGUGUGGAUUGGUGGGCAUUUGGUGUUUUACUAUUUCAAAUGUUAUUAUGUCAAUCACCUUUCAAAGGGGAUGAUGAAGAUGAAAUAUUCAAUGCCAUUGAACACGAUGAUGUUAAAUAUCCAAUCAGUAUGCCUCGUCAAACCGUUUUGGUUUUACAAGCUUUGUUGACAAAAGAUCCAUCCCAACGUCUUGGUAGCAGUGGUCGAGACGCGGAAGAAAUCAUGGAACAUCCAUACUUCCAAGAUGUUAAUUUCGAUGACGUAUUCAAUUGUCGUAUUCAAGCUCCUUAUUUACCUGAAAUCACUAGUGAACACGACUAUUCUAAUUUCGAUCAAGAGUUCACCUCGGAAACUCCAAGAUUAACCCCAGUCGAUACUGUCCUUACUUCCGAAAUGCAAGAACAAUUUCGCGGUUUUUCGCAUAUCGCAGAAGGUGCCGCCAUUUAAUGUCUACUUCCCCAAGCUUGAUCAGUAUUUUUAUUUGUAUUGAUACUUUCCUUCACGUUUAUCUUUAAAUCGAUCUUUUCAAAAAAAAUAAAAAAUAAAAAAAAAAAAAGAUUUUUCGUUUUUCUUUUUUUCACGUCUGUUUUGAUUCCAAAUUUAUUAAUAUCUUAAUAAUUAAUUUUAGUCUUUUUCUAAUUCGUCUUAAUUCUAUACAACUAAUACAUUCCUGUCUCAU